AUGGAAAAAGAAAAUUUGAAGACAACUAGAGAAAAAACAAACUUACAGUUAUGUUAUAUUGAUUUUUCAAAUAAUUUACAAGAUGUUCUAAUCGAGGAAGAAAUAUUCGAGUACAACCAACAUCUGUGGCUAGAAGAAGAGGAACAUAUAAAGGUAAUCCCGAUGAUUGGUGCUGGUAGACCACCUACAGAAAAGAGUACUGCAGGAAGAAAUUCUCUUUUGAAUAAAAAUAAAAAAAAAGUGGUUAAACGUAAACAUAACUUAGUACAAAGUAUCACUAAUAAUCAAGCAAACUCUAAAUGUCAUUAG